AUUUCUCUGAAUACUAUUAUUAUUAUUAAGCCAUUUCAAAACUUUUACUUCAUUCGAUGUGCCUGUGUUCCCUUUUUUCCCUCUAGUAUCUUUUUUUCCGUUACCAUUUAUACUUCUCCUUUAAUUUGUGUUAACCAUCCCCCUAGCAUGUAAUUUUGGUGAGUAUAUUCCCAUGCAAUCUAAGCAACUUCUCGUGACCACACUCAGCUCAGUCAGAAUAUGUCUAAAUGUUUUGGCUGAAGUCACCAAGUUUUAUUCUUGUUCUCUCUUUUAUUGUGUCUGAGGAAUGUUUCCGCAAAGCUUCACAGCCGUCUGGCUUUCACUGGUAAAGUUUUUAUCAUCAACAAUGCUACCGCAUAUAAUCUGGUGCAAAACUGUUGCUGUAUGAAACAAAAGUCUAUCAAGGAGAGAUUGAAAUCAGGACAGCGCCAUCGAUGUUCAAUGUGUGAGGGCUGCCCGUUACUUUUUAAUUUUUAUACCGUGCAUUUUUAUUACCGUCUGGAGAAAUUAAAAGAAAAAGAAAAGCAACAAUUUAAGCAUUUUGUUUUCAAACACAAUCUGACUCAUUUAGAGUUUUCUCUCUUUGUUGCCUCCCAUAAUGUAGCGCUUGCUGCACGCUGACAGGAACUGAGAAGUGAGCACCCACACAGGAAAUGUGGUCUAUCCCGGAUGUUGGUUAUCUGACGUGAAUAAAAUAAUGAAGAUAGACAGAAACUUUUCAAUAAAAAGGCAUUUUCCAGAGAGAGAGUGGCAUAGAUGAAGGUGACAUUAAAGUAGUUGAAUAAUACUGAUUAUUAUUUCCUCCCAAAGUGCAAAGGCAGGUGGUAUUUUGGCCUCUGUGUUGACAGGAGAGACAUCCAUGACACUCUUUUGUUUGUGUCGAUAACAAGCAUUGUAAUUAAAGCAGAGACCCGGCUUUAUCCACAAGCCAGGUUCGCAGUGCGAUUUGGCGAUAAAACGAUAAACGCAGAAUGCAGACAGUUAAACUGCUCACCAGAAGCAACCCCUCAGCCCCUCCCUAGGCCUCGAUUCUCUAUCCUCACCAUGUACACCUCUGACUCUCUCUUGCUUGGCUGAUUUUCUGUGGUCAGGAAGUACAAGCGUGCUUCUGUGACAUUUUACUUAAAGCUUGUUGCACUGCAUAACUGCAAACACACACCAAGAGUUUGAGAUCCUUGCCAAAUGAACAUGAUGGGAUAAAAAUAAAAUUACAGACAAAACUGGAUUAUGUUGCCAUACAAGUGAUCUGUGAAAGGCAGCACCCGGAAGGGGGCUCACCUUAAAAAGUUCCUGUCUGUCAUUCGGCCAACGAGGACAUUUUGUAGCCAUACAUCUGCAGAUUUUACACCUCUCACCACAACCCACAAAUACACUGAUAGCUACUGAGAGGCGCUUAUGGAGGAGGACAGCUUGUGCACCUCUCAGACAGUUGCUACAGAUUCAGUGCUUCAGCAAGAAUCGAGUAACUGUAUAGAUCAUCAGUCCAUCAAUUGGGAAGAGGAGGCAGCAGCAUUGUCGGAUCAGGCCAAUCUCAGCCCUAAGAAGGGCUGUGAUGCCUCUGAGGAGGCGGAACAGUGGGGCCAAAUGAUGUGGCCAGUGUGUCAUGUCAACUGUACCAGCCCCCCACUUUCCUUUGCUACAGUUCAAUGGGACAUGCCCGAUCCCGCUGCAGAGCAGCCUCUGCUCAUGACUGACAGCAGCUCAGCCAAUGAGCUGGACUUUGAGGAUGUCAGCGCUGUGACGAAUGAAGGCAGCACUUCCCCAUCACUUCACGAGUCUCAAGAGGAUGUCAGCGCUGAGCUUUUCAAAGCGGAGAGCAGGGAGGAAGAAGCUGGCCUCGAUCCACAGCCUCUGAAUUCAGAACCUGAGUGGACAGGAAGUGACACUGAGCCAUGUGAUGCUGCAGAUGUGCAAGAGCUGGAGACACGGUGGAAAGAAGACGAGCUGGUAGAGAGUAAUAACGGUAUGUAUCACUCAGAGUUGUUGUUAAACAUUCAUGGCCUUGAUGGCUUGCCUUUCAGUAAUAUUUUCUAUAAGUUAACUGCAUGCAGUCGUAUUCACACGCUUCUAGUCCCAUUGAGAGCAGAAUCGGAAGAAGAGGAGGGUUGCUCAGUGACAUCACAUCCCGCUGAAACUGAGGAACUAAUCGAUACUGAUCUGGGAACUGGAAGCUCGGAUGAAUAUGUGGACAGCUUUGUAGAUUUAAAGCUAGAAGAGGAACAGAAAGACUCCUGUGUUCUGCUGACUGGGCAGGAGGAGUCAGGAGAGUCGGAGGAAAAGCGAACUUCAGCAAAUGGUGACAAAACCGAGGAAGAGAACGAGCAGUGGGGCGAGGUAGAAGAAGGGCAGAGUGAGGCAAACGCAUCCUGCAGUGAAGAAAGUGUCAUUUGUCUGAUGAAUGUGGAGGUACAUCCAGAGCCCCUUCCAACUGAUGACACUGGAGUGUCGACAGAGGCAGAUAAGCUAGUGGAUCUGCCACCCCCAGAGCUUUUGGAGGAAAGCCUGCAGUUCAGCGCUGAAGAGGACCAAGAGAUACUGAACCAGUUACAUGAAGAUCUCACCAGUCGGACAGAAAUGUGUGAAGAUGUCGAACAGAACGUGGAGCCUGAACAGCCAGAAGCUGUGGACAAUGACGAGGGAGCAGCGUUACAGAUUUUAGAAAAUGCAGAGAGGAUAGAAAACAAACAAGAGCUGGUUGAAAAACUGGAGGAUUUAAAUUGUUUAGAGCAACAAGACUGUGUUCAAACAGCUUUGCAGGACACAGACGCUUCACUGCAGCUUGAGGUGCAGGACAGAGAGCCCGAGCAUCUCGAGGUGACUGAAAACUCAGAGCAGAUACCAGUAGAGGGGUCACAUGAAACCGAGGAAGACGCUGACCACUUAGAACCACCCCAGCAUCUGGAAGAGUCACCAGAGAUGGAACUGACAGACCAGGUAAUCCAACCUGACGAUGCAGAGCAGCCAGAGGAGUCUCCUCAGUUGGAGCAGGCUGUUUGUGUUGAAGCUGAAGACCCUGGAAAGGCAGGGCAGCAAGAAGAGACAGCGCCUUCAGAAGACGAUAAGGAACCAGUAAAUACAACCGAAACUCAGGAGGAGUUAAAUGAGGAGGAAAAACAGGGUGAGACUUCAGAUCUAACAGAAGAUGUUAGGGGGACUGAGGAUGGAGAUUUAGAAACAGUAGUGGCAAACGGAAAGCAGCCCACGCCCCUGGAGACAGCGGUGCCUCUUAUGAAUGGAGGCGAGGUGGACAGAGAGAAGGCCCGCAUCCUCGCUGAAAAGCUGUUCAAGUUGGACGAGAUUCAACGUGGAGAUGUGGUGAAGCACUUAGACAAAGAUAACGACUUCAGCCGCGCUGUCGGAGAGGAAUACCUGAAAUUCUUUGACUUCACCGGCCAAACUCUGGAUCACUCCCUGAGGUCUUUUCUCAAAGUGGUGGUGCUGAUAGGAGAGACGCAGGAGAGAGAGCGCGUGCUGCAGCAUUUCUCCUGCCGCUUCCAUCAGUGCAACCCCGACUCCUUUUCCUCCUCAGGGGCUGUGUUGGCUCUGACAUGUGCCCUGAUGCUUCUCAACACUGACUUGCAUGGACAGCAUGUAGGAAAAUCCAUGUCGUCUUCUAAGUUUGUGUCAAACCUGGAUGGAAUGAAUGAUGGAGCGAACUUCAACAAGGAUCUCUUGAAAAGUCUUUACAACUCCAUAAAGAACGAGCCGCUGGAAUGGGCUGUUGAUGAGGAUGAGCUGAAGAACGUGGUGAAUGAAGAUCCGGGCGACAAUCCACGGCUGCGCUCAAAGGUUAACCCCUUCCUGGACAUUCCUCAUGACAAAAAGGCUGCCGUCGUCAAAAACGGGUUUCUCCAGAGAAAGCUACACGCUGACAUCGAUGGCAAACGCACACCAUGGGGAAAGAGAAGUUGGAAGACUUUUGAUGGAGUGCUUAAAGGAAUGGUCCUUUACUUACAGAAGAAUGAUUAUCGAAGGGAUCAGCACAUUAUAGAGGAGGUGGUGAGCGUGCAUCACUCUCUGGCUGAACCAGCAGCCGAUUACACCAAGAAGCCACACGUCUUCCGUUUGCAGACGGCCGACUGGAGGGUUUUUCUCUUUCAGGCCUCGUCCAAAGCGGAGAUGAAUUCGUGGAUCAGCCGCAUCAACUUAGUCUCGGCUCUUCACUCGUCGCCUCCGUUCCCCGCUGCCGUCGGCUCCCAGAGGAAGUUCCGCAGACCGAUCCUCCCCGCAUCGCAGUCGGCUGAGACUCUGGAGCAUCAGCUUCAGUCUCAUGCAAAAAUGCUGGACUCCUUCAAGGUGGACCUCGAAAACCAGCAGCAAAGCACGCUGGACAGCAAAAAGGCCAAAGCCCGGGAUAUGGAGGAGCACCUGCAGUACCUGCAGCAUGAGAUAUGUCGCUAUGAGACCUACAUUCGGGUGCUGGAGGGGUGGAAGAGCGUGAAAAAGACAGGCGACAGCGAGUUAAACGCACCAGACCUGAACUCGUUUGAUAAAGCUGUAUGCGCUGACUCUCUGGGAGAGGAAGAUGAUGUGGAUGGCAUGCUUAAAAAGUCCCACUCAAGCCCUUCUCUGGAAUUGGAGGUGGCGCCUGCAGCGGUGGUCAAAGUCAGACGAAACAUCUCUGAGAGACGGACGUAUCGCAAGCCCAUCAUUCCCCGAUGGAACAAAGAGGUCUGAAAGCUGCUUCGCUCACAGAUCACACGACCAGUUUAUAUCCUUUGAAAGUUUAGAUUCAUGCACGCCGGAGGUGCGCUGACGUUACUCUUUUUUUAGUUUGUGGAAGCACCGAGCAGAGAACAAAGAAACACCCAAGUCUCAUCUAAAAACUGCCUUAGCAACUUAUUGAUCUUGUGCACUUUUCAAUAAAGAUAAACCUCAGGUAAUCCAUAACCUUCAAACUCCCUCAGGACCGAGGGGAGACCCUGACCUAAUUUUUUGAGGGACUUAAAUUCCUGGACCUAAUUUAUUUAGUAUUGUUUUAAUUUUUGAAUUUGAAUUUUUGUUUUUCGGUACUCAGAAUGGCACAGAUGUUUUUCACCGUGCUUUGCACCACAAGAGGGUACUGUAGCACAGGAUAUUGCGCUGUGAUAUCGCCCUGCCGUCCUGUCUGUUGUGAAGUGGUUUUUCUAAAGAAUCCUCAUUGCACUUUUGUUUUUCUAUAUCAUAUGUAUGAAAUGUUUAUUUUCUCUCUCUGUUACAUGUUUUGUUCAAAUGAAAGGUUCCUUUUCCACAAUAAAAUAUAACUUACAUUUAUUAUUCAGUAUUCUGGAGACA